UAAGAGUCGGUGGGAAGUACCUAGUCGGUGGUAUGAAUGGGAGUAAACCAUCACGCGGUUGUUGAGGGGGCGUCAAAUGAAGUAGAGUCUGUAAUGAUCGUCCCUGGAAAUCACCACGCGGGAAGCGAGUGAAUAAACCGGCUUUUUGGAGUACCAAAAGAAAAAGUUACCCGUGCGUUUUGGGGUCAUCGUCAUCAUCACUGCACGCGCUGGGAGCAAGCUAGGUGUGCCGUGUUGGACUUCUACCUUGGGCCGACACCCCUACACCGCCAUGAAUUCCUGGCUGGGAUUUAUACUCCUCCUGGCCGCUUGCCUGGCAGGAAACACAGGAAUUGCCAAUGGAGCCGUGUGCGACCCAUCUCCAUGCCGGAAUGGUGGCGCCUGCAUCGAUUUCGGUGGCCGCUACUUCUGCAUCUGUGUACAUGGCUUCUCUGGGCGAAACUGUGAAAUUGUUGAUCAUCCGUGUGAUAGCAACCCAUGUAUGAACAAUGCAACAUGUGAAGAACUCAACAAUAAUUACACCUGCACCUGUGCACCGUUUUACUCUGGUGUCAACUGUGAAACAGAAAUCCGCCCGUGCAGGAGUGGGCCGUGUAUGAAUGGAGCAACAUGCAUGGACAAUUUCAUUGAUUCCUACACCUGUAUCUGUCAGGCAGGAUACACUGGACAAGACUGUCAAACUGAUAUAGACGAGUGUGCCAGUGGUCCAUGUAUGAAUAAUGCAACUUGUGAGCAAUCAAUCAAUGAAUAUUCAUGCACAUGUGCACCGUUUUUCUCCGGAGUCAACUGCGAAACAGAAAUCCGCCCGUGCAGGAGUGGGCCAUGUAUGAAUGGAGCAACAUGCAUGGACAAUUCCAUUGAUUCCUACACCUGUAUCUGUCAGGCAGGGUACACUGGACAAGACUGUGAAACUGACAUAGACGAGUGUGCCAGUGGUCCGUGUAUGAAUAAUGCAACUUGUGAACAAUCACUCAAUAAAUAUUCAUGCACGUGUGCCCCGUUUUUCUCCGGCGUCAACUGCGAAACAGAAAUCCGCCCAUGCAGGAGUGGGCCAUGUAUGAAUGGAGCAACAUGCAUGGACAAUUCCAUUGAUUCCUACACCUGUAUCUGUCAGGCAGGCUACACUGGACAAGACUGUGAAACUGACAUAGACGAGUGUGCCAGUGGUCCGUGUAUGAAUAAUGCAACUUGUGAGCAAUCAAUCAAUGAAUAUUCAUGCACGUGUGCACCGUUUUUCUCCGGCGUCAACUGUGAAACAGAAAUCCGCCCGUGCAUGAGCGGGCCAUGUAUGAAUGGAGCAACAUGCAUGGACAAUUCCAUUGAUUCCUACACCUGUAUCUGUCAGGCAGGGUACACUGGACAAGACUGUGAAACUGACAUAGACGAGUGUGCCAGUGGUCCGUGUAUGAAUAAUGCAACUUGUGAGCAAUCACUCAAUGAAUAUUCAUGCACGUGCGCACCGUUUUUCUCCGGCGUCAACUGUGAAACAGAAAUCCGCCCAUGCAGGAGUGGGCCGUGUAUGAAUGGAGCAACAUGCAUGGACAAUUCCAUUGAUUCCUACACCUGUAUCUGUCAGGCAGGGUACACUGGACAAGACUGUGAAACUGACAUAGAUGAGUGUGCCAGUGGUCCAUGUAUGAAUAAUGCAACUUGUGAGCAAUCAAUCAAUGAAUAUUCAUGCACAUGUGCACCAUUUUUCUCAGGCGUCAACUGCGAAACAGAAAUCCGCCCAUGCAGGAGUGGGCCAUGUAUGAAUGGAGCAACAUGCAUGGACAAUUCCAUUGAUUCCUACACCUGUAUCUGUCAGGCAGGGUACACUGGACAAGACUGUGAAUCUGACAUAGACGAGUGUGCCAGUGGUCCGUGUAUGAAUAAUGCAACUUGUGAGCAAUCACUCAAUGAAUAUUCAUGCACGUGUGCACCAUUUUUCUCCGGAGUUAACUGUGAAACAGAAAUCCGCCCGUGCUGGAGUGGGCCGUGUAUGAAUGGAGCAACAUGCAUGGACAAUUCCAUUGAUUCCUACACCUGUAUCUGUCAGGCAGGGUACACUGGACAAGACUGUCAAACUGACAUAGACGAGUGUGCCAGUGGUCCGUGUAUGAAUAAUGCAACUUGUGAACAAUCAAUCAAUGAAUAUUCAUGCACGUGUGCACCGUUUUUCUCCGGCGUCAACUGCGAAACAGAAAUCCGUCCGUGCAGGAGUGGGCCAUGUAUGAAUGGAGCAACAUGCAUGGACAAUUCCAUUGAUUCCUACACCUGUAUCUGUCAGGCAGGGUACACUGGACAAGACUGUGAAACCGACAUAGACGAGUGUGCCAGUGGUCCAUGUAUGAAUAAUGCAACUUGUGAGCAAUCACUCAAUGAAUAUUCAUGCACGUGCGCACCCUUUUUCUCCGGCGUCAACUGUGAAACAGAAAUCCGCCCAUGCAGGAGUGGGCCAUGUAUGAAUGGAGCAACAUGCAUGGACAAUUCCAUUAAUUCCUACACCUGUAUCUGUCAGGCAGGGUACACUGGACAAGACUGCGAAACUGACAUAAGUGAGUGUGCCAGUGAUCCGUGUAUGAAUAAUGCAACAUGUGUAGAUAUGCCUAAUGAAUAUUCAUGCACUUGUCCAGCAUUUUACUCCGGUGUCAACUGUGAAACAGAAAUCCGCCCAUGCAGGAGUGGGCCGUGUAUGAAUGGAGCAACAUGCAUGGACAAUUCCAUUGAUUCCUACACCUGUAUCUGUCAGGCAGGGUACACUGGACAAGACUGUGAAUCUGACAUGAACGAAUGCGCCAGCAAUCCGUGUAUGAAUGACGCAACUUGUGAAGAUAUGCUUAACGAAUAUUCAUGCGUCUGUCCGGAAUUUUACACUGGUGUCAACUGCGAAACAGAGACCCGCCCAUGCACGAGUGAUCCAUGUGUGAAUGGAGCAACUUGUACUGAUAUUGCAACCGAUUUCUAUGUCUGCUUCUGUGCGGAAGGAUUCACUGGGACUGAUUGUGAGACUGAAAUCCGCCCAUGCAUGAGUGUUCCGUGCAUGAAUGGAGCAACUUGUACUGAUGUUUCAACCGAUUUCUAUGUCUGCUUCUGUAGGGAAGGAUUCACUGGGACUGAUUGUGAGACUGAUGUAAACGAAUGUCUGGAUAGUCCCUGUGCCAACGGCGGAACCUGUGUGAAUGAAAUUGGAGGGUAUCGGUGCACAUGUGAUUUCCCGUGGGAAGGAACCAACUGCACUGACAGAAUUGACUUCUGUGCCCUUCUUCCUUGCAUGAAUGAUGGGACAUGUGUUGCUUAUGACUUCUACGGUUUGUGCACCUGCGCUGAAAACUACGAAGGGGUUAUUUGUCAAGUUUACACAGGUCCACCCACAACAACCCUAGAGCCUACCACAAUGCCCAUGCCGAUCAGCAAAACGACGACGCCAGCGGUUAUGCCAACUGAACCCCAGGGAUCUACUUUACCGGAAGUGACCACACCAAGUCAGACACAAGGUCCAAUCGAUGUCAAGCUGACAACAAUGGAAGCCACAACACUUCCCGUCACGUCCAUUGAAGAUUUCUUCACCACAACUGAACCCACAAACACCACGAUCACUGUGUACACCCAGCGGCCGGCUCGGAUCGACCUUCUGGUAGAAACAGACACCCCUGCCAUUUCAACCGAUUUUGUCAUCACCACAGUUCCUGAGAAUGCAAUCGCUGAAAUAGUCAAUGAAACUGAAAUCGGGCUUAUCAUCCUGUCUAUCACCACAUCUGCAGGGGCAUACACUACAAUAGUGGUUUCUACAAUGGAACCCUCAGAUAUGUUCCUUGUGGUUGAAACGGUGGACGCUGAGAACACUGCCGCAUUGGCUUUCGGAAUACUGAACAUCACAUUACCAACAACUGAGACACCAGUGGUUUCCGGGGGGCCAUCUGUCAGUUCGACCCAAUCACCAGGUGUUACAACGAGGUUCAUGCGGGCUCUGAGUACAACGGGAAGUGCCCUUGUGGAAGCAGCCGUGACAACCACAAGCCCUGCAAACUUCACCCUGGUUAUAGUGACCGGUAACCCAAAUCAAACUGCCAAUGUAAGCUUCGAUACGGUUCCUGGCAACGCUGCUUAUGACGUGCAGUUUGUUACGAUGGAGAACCCAGAUACCGUUGUUUUGUCGUUCAAAACUUCAGAAGCUGUUAAUGUAACAUGGACCAUGAACUUGAUGGAAAUGGCAAAUAUUUCCUUAAUUGUUGACACUCUGGAUGACUCACAUGUCAUAGUACUUGAAGAAAAGGCUUUGUCAACGCAGAUGCCUACCAGACCCGUUGUGGAAAGCUUUGUCAAAUAUCUGAGUACCCAAGGAAGCACUGUGGUUAGAGCCUCUGCAUCAACCACUGGUCCUGCAAAUUAUACACUGGUCAUAUAUACCAGAAACCCAGGUCAAAAUGCCCUUGUAAACGUGAUGCAAUCACCACCUGAGGCCAUCUUUGAUUUGAUGGGUGAUAUCAGUUUUGAUCCUGAUGCACUGACAAUGACAUUCAGAUCCUCAGAAGCUGCUAAUGUAGAUUUGCUCAUAACCUUGUUGGAUUCAGCAAAUGUCUCCUUUCAGGUGGACACAACAGACCAGUCAAGCGUGGUGGUGCUUGCAGAAGAUACGGGGGUUUCAUCGACAAUGCAGCCAGGAGUUGUAGAAAUGUUUUUGAGAUAUCUGAGUACCCAAGAAAGCGCUAUGGUUAGAGCCUCUGCUUCAACAGCUAGUCCUGCAAAUUACACGCUCGUCAUAUAUACCAGAAACCCAGGUCAAACCGCCAAUGUUAGCCUGAUGACAUCACCCUCUGGAGUUGCCUUUGAUGUGAUGCGCCAUGUCAGUGUCAGUCCAGAUGCCCUUACAAUGACAUUCAGAACAUCAGAAGCUGUGGAUGCAACUGUACUCAUGAACUUGUUGGAGUCGGCAAAUAUCUCUCUUCGGGUUGACACAGCAGAUCAGUCAAGUGAAGUGGUCCUUGCAGAAGAUACAGGAGUUUUAUCAACAAUGCAGCCGACAGUUGUAGAAAGCUUUUUGAGAUCUCUGAGUACUCAAGGAAGCACUGUUGUUAGAGCCUCUGCUUCAACGGCUAGUCCUGCCAAUUACACACUGGUCAUAUAUACCAGAAACCCUGGUCAAACUGCCAAUGUUAGCCUGAUGACAUCUCCUGAUGGAGCUGCCUUUGAUGUGAUGCGUUACGUCAGUAUGGAUCCAGCAGCGCUAAUGAUGACAUUUAGAACAUCGGAAGCUGUUAAUGCAACUAUACUCAUGAACUUGUUGGAGUCAGCAAAUAUUACCCUUCGAGUUGACACAGCAGAUCAGUCGAGUGUUAUUAUCCUUUCAGAUGACACAGGAGCAUCUUCAACAGCUCAGCCAAUGUCAACUUAUCCGGUGACCACUAAGCCAACUUUAGUAACAGAUCCUGUGGUGUACAGUUUCGAUAAAGCAGUGUUUGCAAUGGCAGGACAGGUAUAUAGGGUUUUCGUUUCCACUUCGGGUAGAGCAGAUUAUACCCUUACUCGGUUCAAGGUCAGUCCUGAACACGAAACCAAUGUGUCCAUUCGCACCAUUCCAAAUGGAGCAGCCAUGGAUGAUAACGAGCGUGAAACCUCAGAUGCAUUGACAACAACAUUCAAGACAUUCACUCAAACUAACACCACAGUAUUUGUGACAGUCAGGGAAGGAGGUAUCAUCACUUUUAAAGUUGAAACUACUGAUGGAUCAGCUCUUGUGACCCUAACUGAAUUCACGGGUGUGAUUCCCACCAUACCAAUGACAGUAGAACCUACAGUGGGUUCAACAAUAUCUGCAGAACCAGGUACUUCCCCUGAGCCAAUGGUGACCUCGAAGACCACAGGUCCAUCAGAUCGGAUGACAUCUCCGCAGACCUCUUUGGGAGCAACAAUGUCUCCAGAACCAAGUGCAUCUCAGCCCAUGAUGACGUCACAGACCAUGAUUGCUUCCGAUCAAAUGACGUCCCAACAGGUUUCUAUGUCAAGCCAACCUAUGAUGACAAGCCAACCACCGAUUGUGGAAACUACAGUAAGGUCAUUGUCUACUCGAGGACCUUCAGUUGUAAAAGCUUUUGCAUCCACAGAAAAUCCAGCCAAUUAUACCCUUGUCAUUUACACUAGAGACCCAGAGAGAACAGUUAAUGUCAGCUAUGUGACAGACCCUGAUGGUGCUAUGUAUGACGCUGUUAUCUCAUUUGACGAUGAUCCUGAGUCACUUACAAUGACAUUCAAAACCCAAGAGGCUGUUGAUACAACUGUUAUGGUCAGCCUGUUGGAGUCGGCAAAUGUGACUUUCCAAGUUGACACAGCAGAUCCAUCCAGUGCAGUUAUGAUAGCACUUGACGGUGACAUGACAUCAAUGCAACCACCUGCAUCUACAUCAUCAAUGUCUGCAGAACCAAGUGCAUCUCAGACCUUGAUGAUGUCACAAACCAUGGGUCCAUCAGAUCAGAUGACAUCACAACAAACCUCUAUGGGAGCAACAAUGUCUCCAGAACCAAGUGCAUCUCAGCCCAUGAUGACAUCACAAACCAUGGGUCCAUCAGAUCAGAUGACAUCACAACAAACCUCUAUUGGAGCAACAAUGUCUGCUGAACCAAGUGCAUCUCAGCCCAUGAUGACGUCACAAACUAUGGGUCCAUCAGAUAAGAUGACAUCACAACAGGUUUCUAUGUCAAGCCAACCUAUGAUGACAAGCCAACCACAGAUUGUGGAAACUACAGUAAGGUCAUUGUCUACUCAAGGGCCUUCAGUUGUAAAAGCUUUUGCAUCUACAAUAAAUCCAGCCAAUUAUACCCUUGUCAUUUACACUAGAGACCCAGAGAGAACAGUUAAUGUCAGCUAUGUGACAGACCCUGAUGGUGCUAUGUAUGACGCUGUUAUCUCCUUUGACGAUGAUCCUGAGUCGCUUACAAUGACAUUCAAAACCCAAGAGGCUGUUGAUACAACUGUUAUAGUCAGCCUGUUGGAGUCGGCGAAUGUGACCUUCCAAGUUGACACAGCAGAUCCAUCCAGUGCAGUUAUGUUAGCACUUGACGGUGACAUGACAUCAAUGCAGCCACUUUCAUCUACAUCAACAAUGUCUGCAGAACCAAGUGCAUCUCAGCCCAUGAUGACGUCACAAACCAUGGGUCCAUCAGAUCAGAUGACAUCACAACAAACCUCUAUGGGAGCAACAAUGUCUGCAGAACCAAGUGCAUCUCAGACCAUGAUGAUGUCACAAACCAUGGGUCCAUCAGAUCAGAUGACAUCACAACAAACCUCUAUGGGAGCAACAAUGUCUGCAGAACCAAGUGCAUCUCAGCCCAUGAUGACCUCACAAACCAUGGGUCCAUCAGAUCGGAUGACAUCACAACAAACCUCUAUGGGAGCAACAAUGUCUCCAGAGCCAAGUGCAUCUCAGCCGAUGAUGACAUCACAAACUAUGGGCCCUUCAGAUAAGAUGACAUCCCAACAGGUUUCUAUGUCAAGCCAACCUAUGAUGACAAGCCAACCACAGAUUGUGGAAACUACAAUAAGGUCAUUGUCCACUCAAGGGCCUGCAGUUGUGAAAGCUUUUGCAUCAACGAGAUUUCCAGCCAACUACACCCUUGUAAUUUAUGCAAGAAACCCAGAAUCUGUUAAUGUGACUUUGGAGACUGACCCUGCCGGAGUUGCGUAUGAUAUUGAAGGUUAUAUGGAUGAUGACCCUGAAUCCCUUGUGACAACAUUUACAACCUCACAAGCUGUUGGCACAACUUUGGUACUCGGCCUGGUAGAGUCUGCAAAUAUUACAUUUCAAGUUGAUACAGCUGAUCCUUUUGUCAUCGUAGAGCUUGAAGAAGAUACUGGUUCUGGGUCUACUAUGCAGCCAUCGCCCUCAAUGACUGCAACAAUGUCCCCAGCAACAGGUCCGACAUCCCAGACCAUGAGACCAUCCUCCUCUGUGACUGCAACAAUGUCGCCAGAACCUGGAGAAUCGUCCCAACCAAUGACAACACGGCGUGGUACUGGUACAGACGAGAUGACAUCCCAACACAUGGCAUCAACUAUGUCAUCCGGACCAGCUACUCCUCCCCGUUCUACUGUGGUGUCGCAAACCGUACCUGUUUCAGACAUGAUGACAACACCUUCUUCAGUGGAGGGGCCUCUGGUGAAAACUUUGAGCACCCAAGGAAGCACCACUGUAAGAGCCUCUGUCUCAGCAGCAAGUUUGGCGAAUUAUACACUUGUGGUUUAUACUAGGGAUCCACUAAAGACAGUCAAUGUCACCAUAGUGACAAUACCAAGUGGAGCUGCCUUUGAUAUAAUGCCAUUCACAAAUGAUGAAGUCCUAACCAUGACCUUCAAAACAUCAGGAGCUGUAGAUACAACUGUGUUUGUGGAUAUGUUUGAAUCGGCCAACAUCUCUUUCCGAGUUGACACAGAAGAUCAGUCAAGUAUGCUCAUCCUCGUGGAAGAGACGGGCACAUCAUCAACCAUGCAGCCAGCAGUCUCAACACAAAUGCCCACUGAACCAAUGGUUGUACAAAGCUUUAUUAGAUUUUUGAGCACCCAAGGGACUACAGUCGUCAGAGCCUCUGCGUCUACAGGUAGUCCUGCAAACUAUACACUGGUCGUAUAUACCACAAACCCAGGUGAAACUGCAAAUGUGAGCAUCAUUACAGUACCCUCUGGAGCUGCUUUUGAAGUAAUGAGUCGCACAAGUAAUGAUCCUGAGGCACUUAUGUUGACAUUCAGAACCGUAGGGUCUGUUGACACAGAUUUGAUCAUUAGCUUGCUUGAAUCCGCAAAUGUUUCGUUGCAAGUAGACUCAGCAGAUCAGUCCAGUGAAGUGGUCCUUGCAGAAGAAACCGCUAUGUCAACAAUGCGUCCAGUUGUCUCAACAGAGGUCACAACAGGUCCAGAAGUCGUUGAAAGUUUCACGAGACUCUUGAGGACCGAAGGAAGCACCACUGUAACAGCGUUUGCCUCAACCCAAAAACCUGCAAACUACACCCUACUGGUAUUCACUAGGAACGCGGACACUGCCAAUAUCACUAUUGAAACGGAUCCUGUUGGUCUUGCGUAUGAUGAACAGAUUUUCAGGGGCUCAGACUUCGAUUCAGUGUUGAUGAGUUUCAGAACUUUAGAGAGUGUCAAUACAACAGUAACCAUACAAUUAUUGGAAUCGGCAAACAUUUCCUUCACAGUGAGCACAAGCGAUCAGUCUAUUUCACUCAAGCUCUCCGAAGGCACUGACAUUGUCUCAACCAUCCAACCAACGGUCUCAACAGGCAUGUCUACUGAACCAAGCAUUCGGACACUCACAGAAACGUUCCACUCUUCAGGCAACACUACUGUAAGAGCUUGUGCCUCAGCGAGAGAAUCUGCAGUUCAUACUCUUCUUGUACACACCAGAAACCCCUCGUUGACUGCAAGCGUAAGGCUUGAGGCAGACCCUCCUGGUGUUGCCUGUUUCCCACAGAUUAUGAGAAGUAAUAACCCAGAAGCCCUCAUGAUUAUCCUCAGGCCCUCGGAAGAAGUGAAGGCCACUUUUAUAAUCACCCUACUGGAAUCGGCCAACAUCACUCUUACAACAGAAACGGAAGAUCCAUCUCCUACUAUCGAAUUUAUCGUUGAGGGUUCAGUUAGCUCUACCAUGCAGCCAAUGAUCUCGGCAUCGACACCAGUCUCUCCAACUGAGCCCAAGAUGACUUCAGAAACCAUUUAUCCUACUGUUCGGAUGACUUCCAGACCACAAGUUGCGGAAUCAUUUGUCCGAUCACUGAGCACCACUGGAAACAGCACUGUGAGAGCCUCUGUGUCAACUCUUAGUCCUGCAACUUAUACACUGGUCAUAUACACUAAGAAUCCUGGUCAAACUGCCGAUGUCACCCUGAAUACCAUUCCAGCGAAUGUCUCCUAUGAUGUAGAGCGUGAAAUAAGUGAUAACCCUGCAGCCUUGACCAUGACAUUCAAAACAUCGGAUGAUGUCAACACAACCAUAAUAAUGAAUUUACUGGAAUCAGCAAACAUCUCGCUGCAGGUUGAUACAGCAGACCUUGAAAGUGUUGUAUCCCUUGUGGAGGUAAUGGAUAUUGGAGUGACUGUGCCUUCUCCCACUCAAACACCAGGAUCUGUUCUAAUGCUGAGUACCAACAGAGGUGGAGUUGUAGAAGCUUAUGCUGCCACCAACGACACGGCCAUCCUCACCCUGGUUGUGUUCACAGAGAACCCAACAGACGUUGAUGUGAGCAUCGUGACUCAACCAGCUGAUCUUUCAACCGGCGUAACAAGAUUCAUCGGAUCUGAUGGGCGCUCUGUGGCAAUACUGAUUACAGUUCCAGAACCGGCUAACACAACUGUGAGAGUCCUUCUGACGAAUGCAGCCAACAUUUCUUUACAGGUUGAUACCAAGGGUGAUUACGUCAGCCGGCUCGUAGAGGUCACCGCCGAUGUAACAACAGCGCCGGAGGUCACAGAUAAUGUAGUCGGGCCAACAACAGAAGUACCAUCAACAGUCCCAUCUGGCUCAGAGAGGGUAACUCUUGUUAGAGAGUUGAUGACAAGUAGACCUGGAACAUUCAAUGCCGUAGUUUCAACUCCUGGUCCAGGGAAUUAUUCUCUGGUCAUUAAUGUCCCCAACCCCGGCACAAACACCCGAGUCACUGUUACGGCCACCCCUCAGGGGUCAGCCCAGAACUACCGCGUUUCUUACAGCGACAAUCCAGAAGCCUUCUCCUUCCAGUUUAUGACUGUUGUUGCAUCGAAUACGACCCUCUUCUUGACCUUGCUUGCUCCAGCAAACAUCUCCCUCACCGUGGAGACUGUGGGCUCAUCCAGCACAGCAGAAAUUGUGGACAUCUCUCAACCCGUCAGCUCAACAUCUGCCCCAACCACAUCUGUUACGACUGGCAUGGCGACUAAAGAAGGCACGCCAGCUCCACUGAGCAACUUCUUCCGAGAAUUGGCCACAACUGGGCCGGCUGAAGUCCAGGCCACUGCCUCUUCUGAUGGUCCAGCAUACUUUGAGUUCCGUGUGUCAAUCCCAAAUCCGAGCCAGACGACAGUAAUCAGCAUUCUGACAGUCCCUCAGGGGCUGCUGAGAGAUUUGGAUAGUGACUCACCAAACAUCCAAAAUACACAAAUUGUAAGAUUCAAAGUCCUCAGUGCAGCCUUAACCAUUAUUUCUGCAACGUUGAAACAAGCUGCAAAUGUUUCCUUCCGGGUUGAAACAACAGAUUCUUCAGCAGAGGUCCAGCUUAGCGACAACUCCACAGAGGUAGCAGUCACUUCAAGUCCUACUCAACCUGCAGCCACAACGACUCCAUCCACACCGACUCCAUCCACACCAGCACCAUCCACAGCUGGACCAUCUGAUUCCUUUACAAUAUCAAGAAUGCUCAGUGUGCCUGCAGGUGCUACAGUUCAGGCUUCUGCCUCUUUGGACAGACCCGCAAAUAUCUCCUUCGUCAUUUACACAAUGAAUCCAGCUCAGGUGACGGGCAUAAGCGUGCAGACAACCCCUCAGGGAGUGGCCAGGAAUUUUGUGAUCAGUACUCUGAGAAAUCCAGAGAGAUAUGUCAUGCAUUUCACCACUUCAGCAGCCAGUACUGCAGAUCUUGUUUUGCCCACAAUUGAAGCAGGAAAUGUUUCCUUCAGUGUGACGUUGCAGGGCCAGGAAAGCUCUUCCAAUCUGGUGGAUCUUUUCAUCGUUGGUGGUCCUACUAUGAUGCCCCCAACUGCUUCACCGACACCAGUCGUCUUUGUCAACACCACUCGAUCUCUGCAGAUCAUGGGACCUUCUCAAACCUCUCUGCUCAUCAACGCAAGAUCAGCAGCCUCAGUUGUUGUAGAUGUCAGUGGGCUCGCUGAGUUCAAUGUCAGCUUCUUCAAAGAAGGUGCUGUGCAAAUCCAGCAAACUACCUCCUCUCAGGAAGGCUCCUCCUUGCGACUUCUCAUCCUCAGUCCUGUCAACAUAACUGUGAUGAUCGCCGCACAGGAUGAGGUGGAGAUACUUGCCACGGUGAUGAGUACACAGCCAGAUGCUGCUUUGGUUACCAUAGUGACCGAGAGCGAAACCCCUACAACAUCGCAGCCGACCGUGUCUCCAGUGACCCCCGAAACACCAGGCACCUUGACUGUUGUGAGAACCCUGCAGACGUACAGCGCAAACUCAACAGUUAAGGCCAUGGCCUCGACUACCAGGCCAGCAAAUUUGACAGUUGAGGUGUUUACUCCCAACCCAUCCGGAACUUUCACCAUCAAUAUCCAGACAGUCCCCAGCGGCCUUGCAGUGGACUUCAACAUCUUUAUGAGCAGUGAUCAAGAUAAGAUGACCUAUAUGUUCAAGACCCUAGAAGCUUCAGAAACCACUGUGCUGAUGAUGUUAGCUGAACCUGGUAAUAUCUCCUUCACAGUGACCAACGUGGAUGACGCCAGUAUGGUGACUCUGAUCAAUCCAUCCGUAACACCUGAGGUCAUGAAUGUCACCAGGACUAUCACUACAACAGGUGCUGCCACAUCGUUAGUCUCAAUCAGGACCUUUGAGCCAUCAGUGAUAUACCUCGUCAUCAAUGGCUCAGCAGAGAUCAGCCUGGCAGCAGAGCCUCGCGGAUCAGUACAGACCGAGACGCCUCACAUGCUGGGAUCCAGUGUUCUUAAACUCACCACCACGGUACCUGCUAACGUCACGCUCUUUGUGACGACGGGCCAGGCUGUGGUGAUUCAGACAAUUGUGGAAUCUGCCAAUCCCGGAUCAGCGGUGAUCCUGUUGGAAGGGGAGAUUGAACCAACCAACCAACCGCCUCCAGCCACCGUGGUCAUGACGUCUCCACAGACCCAAAGAAAAGGAGAUCCAAUGAUCUUGAACGUGCCAAGCAUCGAGAGCGGGGAGACCACGGUCGCCUGGAGAUUCAGCCCGUCAGACGAGCCGUUCAUUAUGGGCUUCAUUCUCCAGUACCGCGAGGCCAACUCAAGCGUUUACACCAGCACCCCUCUCAUCCCAGCAUCGGCCCGCAACUACACCUUGACCAACUUGAGGGACAACACGGUGUACGUGGUGCGCGUGAUUGCGGUGGACAGAGCGGCAGCCUCCUUCCACAAACCUGUGUUGACUCUAUCCAGAGACAUUAUGGACCCUGUCCCUGGGGUUGAGCAGCAGUCUGAGACCAAGUUGGAUCUAUUCCAUUGGGUGCUCAUCGGCUCGGCUGUCUUGGUGGUCAUUCUGCUCAUCAUCGCCAUGAUUGGCUUGCUGGUCUGCUUGAGACGGAAACCCAAGAAGAAUGUGCCUGAUGGCGCCGAAAACCCAGCAGUGGAAGAAGAAACGACUGCCUAGAUGGACACGAUAGAAAGCUCCGUCUUCAACAAGUGGUGAAGAUGAUGGUUUAAACAGAAGCUCCAGAACUAUUUUAAGUAAUGUAUUACUUUUAAGGGUUUUUAUUGUUCUGGUGUUAAUGUAUAUUGAGAAGAUCUUUUUUAAAAUGUAAUCUAGGUUCUUAAAGGUUAUUAAGUUUCAUUUUUAUGUUUUUUUUUAUGAGUGGAGGUUGGUCAUACUUGUUUUGAGAAGAGAUUUAAAGUUGCAUUGUAAUUUUUUAACUGCAUUAAAAUUAGUGCCAGUAUCACACCCAGUACUGUAUGGUUUUAUGCAUUCGCCAGGAAGCCAAGUUAAGACAGUGUAGUACAGGCGCCAAUUAGUUUUUUUUUUUUUAAAGGUGUAAGUUUCGACGAAAUGUUUCUCUUUGCCCAGCCGUUUUUGGAUGUUCUGCUGCCACUUAUAAGAGAAUGAAUUAUGUGCUUGGCCAGUAUUUAACAACCUCUGGUCAUUUUCUACGACCAGGCCGCUAGUCGGUUUUAAACGCACUUGUUUAAUACUGGUCAAGCACAUAUUUAUUCUCAUUCUUAAAUGCUUUCGGUCCAAAACAAGUCAAAAUUCACAAUUUGCCAAUGAGUUUGUUCAACAGUUUUCUCUCAUGUUUUGUCAAACACCCCUCUGGCCAUGUUAUGGUUUGUGCCUUGCCCAUGUAGUGCUAAAAAUCUCCUUUUAUGGAGAUUGGCAUCAUGUGGCGCAGAACACAGCGGUGCAGGAAUAUAGUGUUUAAAACCAUCCGCUGAUUUAACAGAUAUUUAAAACCACACACAUGACGGGCUCUCGGCCAACAGGGAUGGGAAAACUGUCAGAUAUUUUUGAUUGUAGAUUAAAGAGUCAAAAGAUGUCAUGAGCACAAAGUUACGACACGAGACACAGGCUGAGACUAUCCCCCCUCAAAUUGGGUUUUCACAUAAAAUGUGAAAGCGUAAAUCUUGGCAUGUUUACUACUAAUGAAAUGAAGAUUUGAUUUUUGUAAAUGUUGUAUGGUUUUGAGACAUGUACAUAUUUGUUUACACUAGCUUUUUACAUGAUUUUGAUACAAGUACACGAGCAUUUUUACAACGUUAUAACAAUUCAUGAAUAGUAAUCUUUUUUUAGCUGCAUGUAUUUUUGAAAUAUAAUCAUGAGAUUUUCAAUUUUUAAUUAAAACAAAAAAUGUACAACAAAAUGGGUAUGUUAGUAAAAGUAGUGAGUAGUAAUACUUUGUAGCGCGAAACUAUUUUAGUUUUAAUAGGAUAUGGUGGUGUACUGAUGACUACUACUGUACAGGACAAUUUGAGAUUGUUUGAAGUCAUUUUUGAAUUUGGUGUUUUAAAAUUACACAUAUUCUAAAAAACUUCUUGGUUUUUUUGCGGCAACUGUAACUCAUAAAAAUAGGAAGAGUUGGUAUUGAUAUAGUUCUGCAUUUUUACACUUUUUAGUUUAAUUGUCCAUUUUUAAUGCAAGUUUUGCAAUGAAUACAGCAGGAAAAAAAAAUAGGUGUUUACACAUCAAUUGUUUUGGUGGUCCAAAGAUGGCCCGAAUUUGAACUGAACUUGAGGACUAAUCUAAAUUAUUUCACAUGAAUACAUGUUUUUUUUCGAUUUGGACAUUUCUGAUACUCUCACCUUUUUGCUUUUUAGGGAAACUCUGAAGGCCAGCAAUGCAGAUUUGGCGCCAUGAAAGAUUCGCUUCAAAAUUGGCCAAAGUUGAAAUGUGUUAACCUUUUUGCAAAUUUUGCAGCAGGAAAAAAACUUGCCAUAAUGUCACGAGUUCAAAUUUGUGUUUGCUUUCACGUACGAACCAGCCUUAUGGGUUUUAUAAGUUUUGUAUUUGUAGGACACCUACCGGUACACCGAUAUUUUUUUUAAAUACAUGUACAUGUACAUUUUAUAGUGUAGAAACACAUUUUAAUUGGUGUUACACUGUACCUACAUUCUGUUUGUGUUUAUAAAUAAUUGGUGGUAUAAUUAUGUUUUCCAAAAAACUAUGGAAGCUCGAUUUGGUUGCAGUCACAAUGUUAAUUGCAUUGUUGCAAUAAAGUGGGAAAUUGUAAAA